AUGGAGAAUGAAAAUUUUCCCAGUGUUGGUGCAUCUCAAUAUCCUGAAUUUUCAACACAAAUAACUCCUGAUGGAAUGGCAGUUGCUAAUGAAGUAACUCAAAAUCUAGAAGAUUCAACUCCUAAGAGUAAGAAAAGUAAGGAACCAACAUGGAACACUCAACAAAAUUUGGUGUUAAUUAGUGCAUGGAUUAAAUAUGGAACAAGCAGUGUUGUCGGAAGAAACCAGAGAGGAAAAACAUAUUGGGGUAAAAUUGCUGAGUAUUGUAAUGAGUGUUGCUCAUUUGAUUCUCCCCGGGAUCUAGUUGCAUGCAGAAACCGUUUUAAUUAUAUGAGCAAAGUAAUAAAUAAAUGGAUUGGUGCUUAUGAAAGCGUUAAGCGUUUGCAAGGAAGCGGAUCAGAAGAUGAUGUUUUGGCAAAAGCGCAAUAA